UCCGAGGCAGCCACCAGCCCAGCUCUGCCGGCGCCGACUACAGUACCUGCUGCCGCGUCCGUGGCUGCCUGCCUAGCUCCCAGAACCCUGCCCGCCACUGCCUACUGGAGCACCGCGUCUCGAAACACUGCGGCGGUCAAGGACGCCAUGGGGCGUGGCUGGCCCCGGACUCUGCUACUGCUCUGCCUUCAACGCUGCUAGCUGCUGACGUCGAGAGAUGCCGCCGACGCUGCUGUCGAUGCUGGGCGGGGCGGGCGCCGGCGUGGGCGUGGUCAGCCCCGCCACGUGGCUGAUGGCGCCGCUGCUCGCCAUGGGCCUCACCGCCUACUACCGCUACGCCUCCGUCGACCCGGAGACUCACCCCAUCAACGCGCGCACUCUGCUGCCGGAGUACGAUUUCGUCGUCGUGGGCGGCGGCUCCGCGGGGGCCGUAGUCGCCAGCAGGCUCUCCGAGAUCCCCGGCUGGAAGGUGCUGCUGCUGGAGGCUGGAGGGGACGAGAACGAGGUGACGGACGUGCCGUCGCUGGCGGGCUACCUGCAGCUGUCGCAGUUCGACUGGAAGUACAAGACGGCGCCCGCGGGGCCCGACUCGCCCUACUGCCUCGCCAUGGUCGCCGACCGCUGCAACUGGCCGCGCGGAAAGGUGUUGGGCGGGUCGAGCGUGCUGAACGCGAUGAUCUACGUGCGGGGCAACCGGCGCGACUACGACCGCUGGGCCCAGCUGGGCAACCCGGGCUGGAGCUACGACGAGGUGCUGCCGUACUUCAAGAAGUCGGAGGACCAGCGCAACCCCUACCUGGCCAGGACGGCCUUCCACUCGACAGGGGGGCUGCUCACCGUCCAGGAGGCGCCCUGGCGCUCGCCGCUCGCCGUCGCCUUCGUGCAGGGGGGCCAGCAGCUGGGCUACGAGCACCGCGACUGCAACGGCGAGCGCCAGACCGGCUUCAUGAUCGCGCAGGGCACCAUCCGGCGGGGCUCCCGCUGCUCCACGGCCAAGGCCUUCCUGCGGCCCGUGCGGCUGCGCAAGAACCUGCACGUGGCCAUGCACGCGCAUGCCACCAAGUUGCUCUUCGAGGGCGGCCGCGCCGUCGGAGUCGCGUUCAUGCGGGACGGCGUCCAGCAGGCGGUGCGGGCCAAGCGCGAGGUGGUGCUGUCCGCGGGCGCCAUCAACUCGCCGCAGCUGCUGAUGCUGUCCGGCGUGGGGCCGGCGGAGCACCUGCGCGAGCUGGGCAUCCCCGUGGUGCGCGACCUCAAGGUGGGCCACAACCUGCAGGACCACGUGGGGCUCGGCGGGCUCACCUUCGUCGUCGACAAGCCCGUCACCUUCACCAGGGCCCGCUUCCAGACGGUGCCGGUGUUCCUGGAGUACGUGCUGAACGAGCGCGGUCCGCUCACGUCGCUGGGGGUGGAGGGCGUCGCCUUCGUCAACAGCAGGUUCGCCAACCACUCCGACGACUGGCCCGACGUGCAGUUCCACUUCGCGCCCAGCUCCGUCAACUCGGACGGCGGCGAGCAGAUACGCAAGAUCCUGGGCCUGCGUGACGGCGUCUUCAACACGGUGUACAAGCCGCUGCUGAAGGCGGAGACGUGGACCAUCCUGCCGCUGCUGCUGCGGCCGCGCAGCGCCGGCUGGGUGCGGCUGCGCUCCGCCAACCCGGCGCACCACCCGCUCAUCGUGCCCAACUACUUCGCGCACCGCGAGGACGUCGACACGCUCAUCGAGGGGAUCCGCAUCGCGGUGAACCUGUCGUCGACGCCGGCGUUCCAGCAGUUCGGCUCGCGGCUGCACAGGAUCCCGCUGCCCGGCUGCGCGCAGCUCGCCUUCGCCUCGGACGAGUACUGGGAGUGCGCGCUGCGCCACUUCACCUUCACCAUCUACCACCCGGUCGGCACCUGCAAGAUGGGCCCCGCCUCCGACCCCGGCGCCGUCGUCGACGCCCGCCUGCGCGUGCACGGCGUGCCCGGGCUGCGCGUCGUCGACGCCUCCGUCAUGCCGCACAUCGUCAGCGGCAACCCCAACGGGCCCGUCAUCAUGAUCGGCGAGAAGGCGUCCGACAUGAUCAAGGAGGACUGGAAGGACUUCAGGUAGCGGCGGUCCAGCUGGACGAGGCCUCCGUCGAGGACGGUCCACGAGUGCACCGAUUAACAUGUCCGGCUUUCUCGAAAGAUCAUCUCUUCGGUGACAAGAAUGAAGUUGUGUUCAAAAUCUCGUGCAGCAACGUCCCCACCGCAGUCUGACGCCAGCUCGAUUUUACACCAAAAUCGGACAGUAUUUUUGUAUACCGAUCAUCACAAAGCUGGGGCGAAAUAAUCGAUUUAACUUCAGCAAAAUAGUCAGACGUACUUUGAGUUCACUUACGACCUAACGCAAUGCUUUUCGUUGUAACUUAUUUAGUAUAUAGAAAUGUG